AUGAGCAACACAAACAAUCCCGCGGACAAGCUUACGGGCAACGACGUCCAGGAGAAGCAGACGUACUCCGAGUGGGCCAAAAAAACCUACGGAGAUCAAUAUGAGAAUUGGAUGCCAUGGAUCGAAGAUCAAUAUCUCCGAUGGUUUGGAAAAGGCGAUAAUAAAGCAUCCUACGCGACGAAAGAGCAACUUGCCAAGACGAAAGUCACUGGAAUAGAUCAAGUCGAUCAAAUCCAAGACGAUGUGUCCAACCUCGCCGGAAACCAGGUCGGUGACAAGGGACUGUUCGCGCCAGUCGGACAGUUCGCCUCAAAGGAGGGAAUCAACAGAGCCGAGAGAAACGGGAAAGAUGAGAGUGGAUCACACGCCGGACCUGCUAAAAGCUACGUCGACACUGGAAAGGACGGUGCCAGCAACGUGGGAUCGGGCUUGGCUCAAGGCGCCGAGUCUGCUCAGAACUAUGUCGCCGGAGGCCUAGGUGGUGCUAAGAGCUUGCUGUCAGGAGAAAAAUAA